AUGAACCGCAAGGCUAUUCUGUUCGUGUCAAACAUAUCAUCGAUCGCAAAUGCGCAAUACCUAGAGCGGCUCUUCUCCGCGUACGGUACCGUUCACCACGUGGAACUCUUCGGCGAAGGCCCACACCGCUACGCGGAGGUGACAUACGGCACCGUCGAUGACGCCGAUACGGCUGUAGCAGCGCUGCACUGUCACUACCAGACGUGUCGCAACUUGCCGAUGAUUGUUCUCUACUCCAAGAAUAGCCCUGCCGUCUCCGUUUACGGUCAUAAAGUUGGACUGGAGUUUAUGAAGGCAGCAGAGGAGAAACGGCAACCUCGCUUGCUUACAUUGGACGAGUUUGAUAGCAAUCACCAACGCCUUGGGGUGCAACCGCCGCCUUCUGAGAGCGACAUAAUCCUCGAGUACCACACUCCGGGUUACUAA